GUUCUAGGAGAGAGACGUCACAGCGAGCGGACGCGGCAGGAAAUACAGGUGCUUCCCCAUUUAUCCAGAAUGCUUUCCAAACUAAUCCAGAGACGCACCUUGGGUGCUUUAUACGGCAACGUCAAAGUAUCUAUGAGCUCUGCCUCUUCCGCUGCCACAGAGAAACCAGUGGAGGAGGCUUUAUCCUCUGAAUAUGUAUUUGAAAGGGAAUCCAAAUACGGGGCACACAACUACCAUCCUUUGCCUGUGGCACUUGAAAGGGGAAAAGGGGUUUAUGUUUGGGAUGUAGAAGGGAGACGCUAUUUUGAUUUCCUCAGUGCCUACAGUGCUGUGAAUCAGGGGCACUGCCAUCCAAAGAUCCUCAAUGCACUGAAGGCUCAGGCUGACAAACUGACUCUCACAUCCAGAGCUUUCUACAAUGAUGUGCUUGGUGAAUAUGAGGAAUAUGUUACAAAGCUCUUCGGUUACAACAAAGUACUGCCCAUGAACACAGGUGUUGAAGGUGGGGAAACGGCAUGCAAGUUAGCCAGGAAGUGGGCGUACACUGUGAAAGGGGUCCCCAAGUACAAGGCCCAGAUUAUCUUUGCAGCUGGCAACUUCUGGGGCAGGACAAUGUCUGCAAUCUCAAGCUCUACAGACCCAUCUAGCUAUGAGGGUUUUGGACCGUUUAUGCCAGGAUUUAAAAUUAUUCCUUACAAUGACCUUCCUGCUCUUGAGAGAGCACUACAAGACCCCAAUGUUGCUGCUUUCAUGGUUGAGCCAAUCCAGGGGGAGGCCGGUGUUCUUGUUCCAGACGAAGGCUACCUGACAGGAGUGAGGCAGCUGUGCACAGCACACAAUGUGCUAUUCAUUGCAGAUGAAGUACAAACAGGCCUGGCUAGAACAGGGAAGAUGCUUGCAGUGGAUCAUGAAAAUGUUCGUCCUGAUCUUGUGAUACUUGGAAAGGCAUUAUCUGGAGGAGUUUACCCAGUGUCUGCUGUUCUCUGUGAUGAUGAAGUCAUGCUCACCAUAAAACCAGGAGAACAUGGGUCCACCUAUGGUGGAAAUCCUUUGGCUUGUCGUGUAGCAAUGGCUUCUUUGGAGGUCAUUGAAGAGGAGAAGCUUGCAGAAAAUGCGUCUGCAAUGGGAGAGCUGUUGAGAGCAGAGCUGAUGAAGACUCCAUCUGACAUCGUGACAGCUGUAAGAGGGAAGGGCCUACUGAAUGCCGUUGUCAUAAAGCAAAGCAAAGACUGCGACGCAUGGAAGGUCUGCCUUCGGCUACGUGACAACGGGCUCUUGGCCAAACCCACCCAUGGUGAUAUUAUCAGACUGGCUCCUCCACUCACAAUCAAGGAAGAUGAGAUUAGAGAAUGCUCUGAAAUCCUCCACAAAACCCUGUUGUCUUUCUAAGCAGCAUGUCCUGUUGUCUUGUGUUGCACGUUCUGUCGCUCAUGUCUUUGGUUGGAUGGUGUGCUGUUACUGAGACUAUUCUGGGACUUCCUGGAAUCUGUUCUAUUGGAACUAAAGGUCACUUAAGAGAUCAGCCUGUGCUGUGCUGCUUCUCUGAUGCUUUGGUGCAAACUUCUGUACAGUAGUGCAAUCAUUCUGCAGAUACAACCGUAUCACUGGCUUUUUGUCUUUUUCCAAAUUCCCUGCAAAGUUACUGAUCCUGAUGUGCUUAGCGAGCAUGAUAGUGUUUGUAUGUAGUGCAGAGGUGGACAGCCUACUUCUAUGUCUGUGGGACCGUGGCUUGCCCCCCCCCCACACUGAAUUAGUGUAUAGUUUAAAUAUGGUGCCGGUCUCUGUGCAUUUAGAUUAAUAGCACUUAAUGUAUUUAAUAUUUAGUUCAAUGAUAUAAGUUAUAUUUUAUUGCUUUGUAAUUAUGGAAAAAUAAAAGCUGAGUUCGCUAA